GACGGUGUGAGAGCGAGGCCGCUGGUCGAGCUCGCAGCUCUUUCCUACAGUAGGGAGGUACUACUACGCUCACUCUUCUCCGUAGACGGUUGAUCAGAAAAGGGCCGUCAGAAUCCCCGAAUACAGGCGAUCCCAUCAUAAACCGCGUUUACAGUAACCUUGGGACUUACAUCCAUUCGACGCAGCUCCAUGGUGACCCGAUACUAAUUUUUAAAGAGGAGGGCAUUCACUGGUUCAGCCGGAGAGGAUUCUUGCUGCACAAGCAGGGCUGAAAAAUGUGCAAUGGAAUGGUAGCGUGUGAGACAAGAGCCUCGCUCGCUCACAGGGUGGCCGCCACAUCCCUUCUGCUCCUCCUCCUUGGCAUGCUCCCCACAGGCCAAGCUUCAGGUUGUCCCAGACCCUCAGUUGUGCCUCAUGGCCAUGGGAACCUGACAGAAACCAAUCGUGGCUCGUUCUCUGUUGGCACGCUACUACAAUACAGCUGCGAUCCAGGAUACACGCUGGAUGGCUACAGCAUCAUCACCUGCACCGUCUCAGGCCACUGGUCCUCUGAUCCACCUCGCUGUGUCAAAAAUGAUGUUUGUCAACCACCCAGUGUGCCAGAGAACGGAGGAUAUAACUGCCACCCCUCGCCGUGCCACAGACUGACCCAGGGCACUGUGAUUGAGUACUUCUGUGAUGAGGGUUACAUUUUGAAAGGAGGAUACCAUUUCCGAACCUGUGACAAUGGAGAGUGGAAGUCGCCCAUGCAGAUCAGCUGUCACUCUGUGCAAGGUGAGGAGCAGCAGUCCCCCCUGCCCAUGCCGGCUCUGUCUAUCGUAGCUUCCACUGCCAGCUCGGUGGUCCUCAUCCUGCUGCUGGUCGUGCUGUUCGUUUUGCUUCAGCCCAAACUCAAGUCCUUCCACCACAGCCGCAGCCGUGAGCAGGGUGUGUCAGGACAGCCUACCUCCAUCAUGGUGGAGGGCGUUCAGGUCUCGCUGCCCUCCUACGAAGAGGCAGUGUAUGGUGCAGGCGGCGGUUCUGUGCCCCCUCCUGAGUCUCGGGUUCAGAUCGUGCUUUCGGAGGGCCCUCAGGCCGAGGGUUUGAAUGAACCUCUCGAACAGGCUCAGGCGAGUUACAGUUUUCCCUCCACCUCGACGGCUGCAUCCUCGUGUCAUGCAGAGACUGUGUUGGUUCACCAGAUGCCCUCUUCCUCCUCUCCAUCCUCCUCAUCCUCUCCCUCCUGGGCUGCUGAGCAGCCUGGUGCCGCUGCGCCUCUCUACCGCAGACACAGCAGCGAGAGCAGCGAUCAGCACAGCUUGCUCUCAGUCACCUCUGCUGAAGACUAUGGCGAUGAUAUUCCAUUGCUUAAGGAAGCCUGAGUCUGUGUGCAGUCUCCCCUCUCUCUGUCAUCGCAGGCCAGGACUGUAACCCCUAAAGCUUCUCACCAAACAUGUACCCCGCAGCCACCCGUCAGAAAGCAGCAGUAAUUAAGAUCCGACAGCUAUCCCUCUGCCAACAAAUCGCAUGCCCCUGGGCUCUACAAGCUGCAUGGCCCCCGAGGAGUCCAGCGGCUCUCUUCACAGGAAGACCCUUCCACCGGAUGACCCCUCAAAGGGAUGCGCAAAUGCCCGAGUUUAACACGUCGCACCUUUUCUCGCUAGUGAUCAGUUGCACUCAAAGGCUUACCUCGUCAACACAGAGGAUUCACUAAUUACAAAUGAAUGCAUUCAGAUUACGUUGUGGACCUCUGCUCCGUCAAUGACUGUGACCUCUUGUGAAGGGAAGAGUUCAGCAAGGAUUUGCUAAGCCAGGCCCUUUUCUCUUUGAUGCUGCAUGUUCUGUGCAAUUUCUUUUUUUCUGUUUCGUUCUACGCGCGUACACACAGGAGCACAGCACAAUGGAAGCAUGACGCAUAGCACUAUCUCCAACAUCUCCUUGUGCGAGACGCAGGGUUGAACCAAUCUACAUUGUACUGUAUUCAAAUACAUGCUUGCCUUUUUAUUUGUCAAGAAGUACCUGUGCUGUGCUCUGCGUCCGUGUGUGUGUGUGUGUGUUUCUGAUGCCUGUGUGACUGUGGCUGUUGUGAUUCGAAGAGGGCUGAAGUAUCAUCUAGGCUUCUUUUCCCCAAAAUAGGAAACAUUUUCAAUACCUCCAUUUUCUAAUUGAGAUGUUAUUUAACUAGAAUGGAUGUUCCUUGUCUGUUUGUCCAAAGUGAGGGAGAGAUACUUUGUGUUAGAAGCCAUGAGAUUACGGUUCUCAUUCAGAGAAAUAAUUCAUCGUUAUUUCUUCCUUUUAAAAGCUGGUAUAUCUCUCUCAUAUUUAUGUGUUGCACGCACAAGUAAAAAAGAUUUAAUUAGAUUUUUGAUUGAUUUAAUCACAUAUAUGUUUAUCUCCAAGAGGACAUUAUUGGGUGUUGACUAAGUUCAUUACUGGGCUAUACCUUAAGAGAUUUGACUUGGACUUGGAUUUGAGCGAGAUUAAUACACUUUUAAUGAAUGAAAAUUAAGCCACAUGUAUUGCAUUUGAAUGGUUUGCAAAACUAGUUUUGGCAUGGCUAACAUUUUAAAAGAUGACUAUCAAGGAUAGGAGCUUUCUUUAUUAAUAUUUCUUAAUAAAUCACCUCAGCCAUAAAAAACAAAUCAUGAAUCAGAUAUCCUGUAAGAUCUUAAAAAGGUUGUGCAUUGUGUUAAUGCACUGUAUAGACACUUUUUUUUAAAUAAAUAUUUCAUUAUAUAUAAAUACAUAUGAAAGCUCCAGAAAAUGGCCUUGUUCUUCACUCAAAAUGUUCUUUUGGCAAACGUACAUUUAAAAAAAAAACAAUGAAUUUUGCGUUUUAUGUACUUGCCCAUUGUCACCUCAUGUGUAUAUCCCCUGUGGUUGACUCAGAAUUCUGAUGUUUGUCAUCAUGCAUCAAAUAUAUAUAUACUUUUACGUGUCUGACUUUAGAGAGAGGGCAGUUUGCCUAUCUGCACAUCCUCAGUUUUGUGUUCCUGGCUUGUUUUUGUAAAUUGGAUUUACAUUUUUUUUGUUUUUUUUUCAUGCAAACUGAAGGCAAAAUAUUACUGCUGCCUUAACUUGUACAUUUCAUACAUUUCUCACUUUGUAAUCAUGUGUUUCUUCAAGCUCACUGGCUUUAUGGUAAUUUGUCUUCAGUUU